AUGGUUGCAUCUCCAGAGGGUGCGACGGCCUCUAAUCCGCCCGCUACUGGUAGCUCCGAGCCCACCGCAAACGCGAUUCCUGUUGAUCCAGUUGUUGAAGAUGAAGAAACGACGGAUGCUGAGAUCGAGAGUAUUUACACGUCUUCCACUGCCUCUUUGAGUGAAAGCAUCACCGAGUAUCGCCGGAUCCACGGACGCACUUACACCCAGAAGACCGAUUAUUGGGGCCCGAAUGACGAAAGGCAGAAUGAAGGACUCGACAUUGCCCAUUACUGGGAGACUCUUCUUCUAGGUGACAAGUUAUUCCUUGCGCCUCUUGGUGAUGGCCCAUCGAAUGUUCUUGAUGUCGGCACAGGAACCGGCAUUUGGGCGAUAGACUUUGCGGACAAAUACCCAUCUGCUGAAGUUAUCGGCGUUGACAUUUCACCUAUUCAGCCAGGAUGGGUCCCGCCCAAUUGCAAGUUUCAAAUCGAUGAUAUUGAGGAGUUGUGGACAUGGCCUAUUGAUCAUUUCGACUUUAUUCACAUCAAACACCUUGAGGGUAGCGUGGCAGAUUGGCCUAAGCUAUAUGGCCAGUCGUGUGCUCAUAUGAAGGGAGGGGGAUACAUUGAAGUCAAAGAGAUAGACGUUGAGCUGUGCUCUCAGCUGUUUGUUGACUUGGACGAUGGCCACGUCUACAAAAGGUGGGGCAAGGUCAUGCUAGAGGCCAUGGACCGGCUUGGAAAGACAGGAACCCAGAGCCGCAACCAUGGUAUCGCCAGAGGUCUUGAAGCGGCCGGAUUCGUCGACAUCGUUGAACAGCAAUGGGCAGCACCUGUGGGAGCCUGGCCGAGGGAUCUUACUCUCAAAGAAGUGGGCGCGUGUCACCUCCAAUAUCUCGAUCAGUCGCUUGAGGGCUUCGGUACCUUCCUACUCAAAGAGGUGAUGGGUUGGGAAUACGCCGAGAUCCUGGUGUUCAUGAGCGAGAUGCGGAAGGCGAUCAGAGACCUGAAGAUCCAAACCUACAUCAAGCUCCAUGUUUUUUAUGCAAAGAAGCCUGAGACGGCUGCGGAAGGCGAAGAGUGA